UGUUAAUCUAUCUUCUAGUUUGCCAAUACAUAAGCCCGAGUCUUGAUAGUAAUAUGAUUUACUCUUGUAUGAGAACUUGAGGACCUGUGGGAUGCAGAGAUAGAAUCUGCUUGUGCUGAUAUACCAAACUUCCGUUUUCGCCGCAUCAAGAUGGAAUAUUCGCUGUAUUCCCUUCAAAAUGUUCUCUCUGUUGCUAAAGUCCACCCAUACUACAACAACAGCAUAGAAUAUCCGCUUAGUAGAGAUGCUUUGCGGGAACAUAUCAAGAAGGAAGCAGCAGAUACGUCGUCUGAUAUUGCAGAAUGGCCACUGCUUCGGAAGAAAACACUCUACAACACCAUUGCACGACUUGUAGACGAUAUACGACCGGAAAACACCUACCGGCACGCCAUGUACACCAGCAUCACUGGCGGUGGAUCUGGUUCAAAGCCGCUCUUCUUCGCCACGGAUGCCGACGAAAACAGAAACCAAAGAAAACAAUUCGGCGGACUAAUAAAAGCCUGCGGCAUUAUUAGAGACGGUGAUUGGGCCCUCACCAUACAUACGACCGGCGAACUCUACCGAGCCCUAGAUCUAACGCUGGAGGUUUUGGAAAAUGCUGGCGCAUGCGUGCUCGGCGCUGCCAAUCGGAUGGGCCUUGACGAUGUUGUGAAGUUGCUUAUCCAAUAUAAUGUCAACAUCUUGACAGGAAAUAGCAGCCAGAUGGUGCAUCUAGCAGGGUUCAUCUCCACACAUCCAGACCGCGCCAAGCUCAAAUUGAACAAGAUUAUCUACACAUCGGAAGUCCUCACAGUAUCACAGAGAAGGUUUAUCAAAGCUGUACUUGGAGACAUCAAGAUAUGCUCGCUCCUGGCUAGUGCAGAAGCCGGUCCAUGGGCAGUUUGCAACCCAGACAUCACUGGCGAAGCCACAGAGAGUGCCGCCGACUUUAUUUACGAUAAGAGAAGCAUGCUGUUGCAAGUACUUCCUAUGUCUGCGGCAGUGGAAGACUCCAAGGACCAAACGCCUUUGUUGCAGGGCGAGCGCGGCAUCAUCGUGCAGACAUCCCUUGCUCGCCUGCGUAAUCCGCUUGUGCGCUACGUAACUGGUGAUAUUGGGUCUCUUCACCCACUGCCAGAAGCGGCACGGCACUUGAUCCCCGCGUCUGAAUGGCCUCAUCUCCAAGUUGUGCGUCUCGAAGGUCGUGACAAGAGGUUCAGUUUCGACUGGGACGGCAAGUAUUUUGAUUUUGAAGAGUUGACCGCCAUUAUGAAUGAGCCCAAGUAUUCUCUGUUGCACUGGCAAGUUAUUCUCGACGUGGCACAAACCGGUGGAUGCGAGUCUUUGCUUGAGAUACGUCUACUGAGCGCAGCAAGUAGCCAUCUUCGCCAGGAGCUUGCUGCCAGAGUAAAAGCUUUUGUUCACGCCGUGGAGACCAACGAAUACAAAUUCAAGUUGUUUUUUGUAACAGACGUGGAUGAGUUGGAGAGAAGUGAUACUGGUGGAAAGGUUAUCAAGUUUGUCAAUAGAUGUAGCUAGACAACAUAGCUACAGAGUAUAUUUUAACUAGAGACUGUCCAUUUUAGUCAGAUUAAUACAAAGAU